AUGUUAUGCGGCGGGCGAUGGGGCAAUAUUGAUCUAAGUGAGCUGAGGAUCGGGGAUCUCAGGACCAGAAGGGCCGCCACAGGCGCACUGGUCCUCGAGAUCCCUGGUCCCGAAGGACAAGCUAGGACGGAUGCCCUGGCCAAAAGAAUGUCGGCCCUCUUCGCCGACAAGAAAGACGUGCAAAUUGUGCGUCUCUCGAAGAGGGCCGACAUCCGGGUAGGUGACCUGGACGACUCAAUCACCGCGGAGGAUGUGAUCUCCGCGGUAGCGGUCGCCGGGGGUUGCGGGCCCGGCGAAAUAAAGGCCGGGGCGAUACGCCCGGGUGCGGACCGAAUGGGGACCAUUUGGAUACAACGUCCCCUUUCGGCCGCACGGAAAGUUGCGGGCGGAGGGCGACUCAAAGUUGCGUGGUCCUCCGUCCGCGUUGAGGCCCUGACGAAACGCUUCCUCCAAUGCUUCAAAUGCCUGGAGUGGGGCCAUGUCAGGGCCUUAUGCAAAAACAAGGCCGACCGCAGUGGUCUUUGUUACUACUGCGGCAUCACAAAUGCAACCAGCAGGAAAGCUGCACGCCACGGUAGUACAAAGAUCAUGGGAACAGGUCUCGCUAGACCUGAUAGAACCGCUACCAAGGUCCAAAAUGGGAUACACGUGGAUCCUCACGAUGCAGGACCGAUUCUCGAAAUGAAUCGAGAUAAAGUCUCUACGCCAAGCAACAGCUAG